UUUGUUUUCAGUUCGACCUUUCCUUCGAAGAGAGUACACAGUUAUCAAGAUGGCAGAAGUAGCUCCAGCAGUGGCUGAGUCUUCAGCGGCCCCAGCUGCCAAGGCUCCGGCGAAGAAGGCGGGAGGAGCGGCUAAGGCGAAGAAGCCUUCGGGUCCCAGCGUGACGGAGCUGUUGACCCAGGCCGUGUCCGCCUCCAAGGAGCGUGGCGGGAUCUCUCUGGCCGCUCUGAAGAAGUCUUUGGCGGCCGCCGGCUAUGAUGUGGAGAAGAACAACAGCCGCAUCAAGCUGGGCCUUAAGAGCCUGGUGACUAAGGGAACUGUGGUCCAGACCAAAGGCACCGGCGCUUCAGGCUCCUUCAAGCUCAACAAGAAGCAGGCUUCCGAGGGCAAGGAGAAGAAGGCUGCCCCCAAGAAGAAGCCCGCCUCCGCCGCUUCCAAAGCCAAAAAGCCAGCGGCCAAGAAAGUGGUGAAGAAAGCCGCCACACCCAAGAAGCCUGCCGCCAAGAAAGUUGCCAAGAAGCCCGCUUCGGCUGCCGGAGGGGCCAAGAAAGUGGCCGCCAAGAGCCCCAAGAAGUCCAAAGUCACCAAGCCCAAGAAGACCAUCAAGAGCCCCGCCAAGGCUCUGAAGCCCAAGGCGAAAGCCAAGCCCAAGACUACCAAGCCUAAACUCGCCCCCAAAAAGAAGUGAAUCCUAUACUCCUGCAAAAGGCUUCACCUUUUACCACAACGGCUCUUUUAAGAGCCACCUACAGAUUCCCUAAAAAGGGAUGAAAUCACUUCUGUGUUACUUAUAGUGGGGAUUUGCUGCUUAGAUUGUGUUGUCCAAGGCUUUCAUGGUGGGAAUCCCUGGGUUGCUGUUAUCUGGGCUGUAUUGUAUGGCCAUGUUCCAGAAGCAUUCUGAUGUUCUGCCUGCAUCUAUUGCAUGCAUCCUCGGAGGCUGUAAGGUCUGUUGGCAAGAGGGGUUUAUAUAACUGGAAAGUCCAGGGUGGGAGAAAGCUAUUGUUUAAGGCAAAUUUUAAUGUUGCAAUUGACCACAUUGUUUAGCAUUUAAUGGCCUUAUAGCUUCAAGGACUGGCUGCCUACUGCCUGGGGGAAUCCUUUGUUAGGUGUUAGCUGGUCCUGAUUGUUUUCUGUCUGGAAUUCCUGUUUUCUGAGUGUUCUUUAUUCUGCAAGGCAAUUCAAUGCCAAUCAAGGUGGCCAAUUGCUACAUUCACAUUUGCCUCCAACAGAAGAGUUUUUUCUCCCAUCCUAGACUUUCCACAGAUAUAUAAUCCUCUCUUACCUAGUUGAGGCAUUUGUUUUGUUGAGGCAUUUGUUACCUAGUUUUCAACAGACCUCACAACCGCUGAGGAUGCCUUUCAUAGAUACAGGCGAAAUGUCAGGAGAGAAUGCUUCUGAAGCAUGGCCAUACAGUCCGGAUAACACAGCAACCCAUUGAGUUUUUAAAAGGGGGAUGCUUCAUGGUCUAGAAAUUGCAUCGAGGUUUGCCUUCAUGAGUCCCAACAAUGUGAGAUUCUCAGGAUUCGUAGAAAUAAGUUGAUUUUUGGUAACUCUUUUAAUAAAAUCGCCCACACCUGCAGUUAUCCCACUAUGAGAGCAAAACUUUCCAUAAUAUGGGAAGUCAUUUCUGGGAAAGUUAAAAAUCUUGAAAUGGGGUAGGGUGGGGGAGAUAAGGUGUUUUUAAAGGUGCCACACAUUCAUCGCUGGCAUUAAGUCCCUUUCCUGCCCCUUCCAUUCAGGGCAUUUAAAAAUAAUGUGGACCGACGAGGAUGGGAUUCGAACCCACGCGUGCAGAGCACAAUGGAUUAGCAGUCCAUCGCCUUAACCACUCGGCCACCUCGUCAGGUGUUCCGGUCCAAUCUCACCUUUUUUCCUAGUUACUUUUACCUCUGCAGAAAGUAUGUUCUUAAUAGAGAUGAACUAAUAAAUGAUACCAACAAUGACAUCAGAAACUUGGGCCCAUUUUGUUCCUAAAGAUUUUUCACUUUUCGAUCACCAGUACUGUUUGGAUCCUAGUGUGAAAAAGUACAAAGCAAGCAUGAAUGUGAUGCUGCAGUCUCUUUUGUAAAGCACAAUUUCUAAUAAUGCCUCAAAUAAAACAAUUUUCUGCCUCA